AUGGCCAUCGCCGAACAAUUUAACGUCUUCGAAGACUUCCAAAACAUCAUCAACGGCAAAAAGUCCUCGACAGCAGAGACCCGCCACGGCAUCAACCCAGCAACAGCCAAGCCCAACCCCGAGGUCCCCGUCUCAACCCAGACGGACGUCGACAAUGCUGUUGCUGCCGCCCAAGAGGCUUUCAAGACCUGGUCUGAGGUUCCUCUCGCGGAGCGCGCAAAUGCUCUAAGGACUUUUGCAGAUGGGCUUGAGCCGUACGCCGAGGAUUUCGCAAAGCUCCUCACGCAGGAGCAAGGAAAACCCCUCUCCUUUGCAACCUCCGAAGUAACAACAGGCAUCAAGUCCCUCCGCGACACAGCAGACCUCUCCCUCCCCGACGAAAUAAUCGAAGACUCUGCCACCCGCAAGAUCGUUGUCAGACACACGCCCCUCGGCGUCUCCGUCGGCAUCGUCCCCUGGAACUUCCCUUUUGCUCUGGGGAUCCAGAAACUGGCACCCGCCGUGCUGAUGGGGAACACGAUUAUCAUCAAGCCCUCGCCAUUUACGCCGUACUGUGGGCUAAAGGUUGUCGAGCUGGCGCAGCGCUUCUUCCCGGCUGGCGUUGUGCAGGUGCUAAGUGGUGGGGAUAAUUUGGGGCCGUGGUUGACAGAGCAUCCGGGGAUUGAAAAGAUUAGUUUUACGGGGAGUUCGGUUACGGGGAAGAAGGUCAUGGAGAGUGCAUCAAGGACGUUGAAGAGGGUUACUCUUGAGCUUGGAGGAAAAGACGCUGCAAUUGUCUGCAAGGACGUGGAUAUCGAAGCCGCAGCAGCAAAGCUCAUGACCUUCGGCUUCAUAAACUCCGGUCAAGUUUGUCUCGCCAUAAAACGCCUCUACGUGCACGAAGAGAUCUACCAAAAAUUCCUCGCCGCCGCAGCCGCAUACACCAAAACCAUCUCCGUCGGCGCCGGAACAGACGAAGGCGUCUUCAUGGGCCCGCUCCAAAACGCCAUGCAGUACGAGAAAGUAAAAACCUUCUUCGAGGGCGUCACACCCGACCAACUCAGUCUAACAAACGGCGGCGUCGACGAGUCGAAACCGGGCUACUUUAUCCGCCCGACAAUCGUCGACAGACCAGCUGAAGACUCUCGCCUCGCGACGGCAGAACAGUUCGGCCCUAUCCUCCCCUUCCUCACGUGGAAGGAUGAGAGUGAUGUAAUUGCCCGGGCGAACGGGACGCGCAUGGGACUCGGUGCGUCGGUUUGGUCAAAUGAUCUGGAUGAGGCGGCGAGGAUUGCGAGUAAGUUGCAGGCGGGGUCUGUCUGGGUGAAUACGCACAUGGAGCUUGAUCCGCGCGCGCCGUUUGGUGGACACAAGGAGAGUGGGAUUGGGUGUGAGUUGGGGCUCCAUGGGCUCAAGGGGUGGACGAAUUUGCAGACUUUGUAUUUCAAGAAGGCUUGA